CAUUUGCUGUGAGGGUUUUAAUCGUACCUUUACAUACUUGAACACCUUGAGUCUUUUAACGUGACUUUCCGGUGCUUUAAGUGCACUGAUCCGUGCAGUAAGUUAUAUUGACAAUUGAACAUUGAACAGCUACAAGCUAGAUAGCACACGCUUCUUGUCAGCUAACAGUAAACCGACGGAGGCUACCGGCAGUACUGUAAACGUGUACAGGUAUUGAUGAGUGACAUGAAACAUUUGUAGAAUGAACAAAUCAAGACGCGGGCAGCCGAUUAAAGGAUUUAAAACAUCGUUGAUAAUGAAUUGCUGAUUUACCAAGUGAAUUCGAGUUUUUCGGUACAAUAUUUGAUUGUCAAAAUGAAAAGCUGGACUUCACAAUUUAGAAAUUCUGAAAUAGCUAGAGCUCAGAAUAAACGCGAGGAGAGGCUAUUGAGCCUGGAGAUUGACAGCAGGCGGGGCAUUAAGGAUGAACACAAAUACAGGAUGAAGAAUUAUGAACAAGAACAGCGUAUGGUGGAGAGGGAGCUGGACAGGAUUAGACAAGGAAUGAAAAAAAAGCCUUUGCUGCCGACAGCUUCAGGGAACGUGGGGAAUUUGACGCUAAAUGGUUACAGUCACGUGACCCCACGGGUUAGGAAUAGUCGGCUAGAGAACCUGAUGUCCAAUGUAAAAUAUGCCAAUGAAAAUCUGUCCCCGUAUGAGAGAGAUAGUUGUCACGUUAGAGGUAUUGUGCCUGCUGAAAACGAGCGGCACCCCCAGUACGAAUCGAGUGACACAAUACCCGACCACUCAGGAAACCCUAGCGUGAGCGUGCUAACGAUAGAGGCUUAUCCGGGUUUGGCAUUAUUAUCACCUCGUGAGAGCGACAGGCAGGAUAUUACAGAACGUGUGGUCAGAUCGCCUCGUAAUAUUGACCCUAACGUGAAAGAAGGCCACAGCUCGACGGACACCCCCUGCGAAGCUGACACAGAAAGUUUGAAUGAUUUAGACCCGAGAGGGAAAUCAAUAGAGAGGAAUAUUUGUGGCUGGGAAGGUGCUUCACAAAACGGCCUUAUCGAAUCCGAUAUAAGAAGCAAGCGCCGAUCUCAAAGAGCAUCUCUUGAUCUAACCCAGCUCGCUUCUUUGGAUAUGAAGUCGGUGAAAACUAACGUUUCCAGGCGCCUAUCUGAGGACCCUCAACGGAAAGACGUUACGUCAAAUAAGACGUCACGGGACGUCAAGAGGGAUGACCCCGAAAUAGUCCAAAUACACGAAGAGGACCAGGCAGCGAAGGACAAGGCCAGGAGGGCGUCCCGACCCAGGGGACCCGCGGUGGAUGCCCACAAGAAGCCGAUGGACUUUGAUCCAGAGCACUACAAUCCCGACGGUUCUCUGAGAAGGAUCCACGCCAUGCCCUCCUCCGACAAGACGUGGGAGGAAGCCAAGAAGGCUAGGUACAUCAGAUCCAAGGAGGCAACGGAACGGGAGAGGGAGCUUUCUGUGGACGAAAUAUUUGGGAAAAAAUCUUAGGGAACCUGGAUAUAUCAUCUUCAUCAGUAACACCUGAAUUCAUCUGGACUUAACUCGACUCAUCUGGACCUAUCUUGACUCAUCUGGACCUAUCUUGACUCAUCUGGACCUAUCUCGACUCAUCUGGACUUAUCUUGACUCAUCUGGACCUAUCUCGACUCAUCUGGACUUAUCUCGACUCAUCUAGAUUCCUCUGGACCUAUCUGGACUCAUCUGGAUUCAUCUGGACUUAUCUCGACUCAUCUGGACUUAUCUCGACUCAUCUGGACUUAUCUCGACUCAUCUGGAUUCAUCUGGACCUAUCUCGACUCAUCUGGAUUCAUCUGGACUUAUCUCGACUCAUCUGGAUUCAUCUGGACUUAUCUCGACUCAUCUGGACUUAUCUCGACUCAUCUGGAUUCAUGUGGACCUAUCUCGACUCAUCUGGAUUCAUCUGGACCUAUCUCGACUCAUCUGGACUUAUCUCGACUCAUCUGGAUUCAUCUGGACCAUUCUGAUGGACAUCAUCCUAUGGAGAUAUGUGUUAUGUGCACUUGUCUGAAUGGACUCAAGGAAUAUAUCGAGCCUUUAGUACUUUUAUAACUAUAGACGGUUCGACGUGAUGGCGAUCAAUCAUGGUCUCGAACAAAGAUAGUGGACACAUGUUGUACUGGAGUCGGUGAUGUAUUCUGUAUACUGUGGUUGUUGGUAUUUUGAUGCCCCCCGUAAACUCAUCAGUGGCAUUACUAAAAUAUGUAUUGUUUAUAUUUAUUAUACAAAGUCAUAUAGAUUCAAGAAAGACAGUGAUACAUUUUGUAAAAUUUACAUUUGGUAAAAAUGUAACUUUGAGAGCUGGUUUUUAUCUAUUACUUUACUGCAGCUAGAUAUAACAAAGAAAUUGACUGAUAGGACGUUAUUGGUGGAUGAUUGUAAUUAUUUCACACAUGACUAAUUUAGUUAUUUGUACGUGUUGUUUUAUGUUCAGUAUCUGGUGUUAGAAGCUUGUAUCGUGACAGGCAAAUGGAAGAAAUAGUAUUAAAUUAAUACAAUGACA